AUUUAGUGUUUCCAGCCAGCUGACUGCUGCCGUGUGUCAGAGGGGGUUCUUUGGAACCGGUUUACUUUUUUUUUUAAAAUACUGGCGACUGCGGUGAAGAGCCAUGUCUCCAUCGGUGCAACUGCAGGAGAUGAUCCGGGCCAUCAGGUCAGCGAGGACGCAGUGUGAGGAGCGAAGCGUCAUCCAGAGGGAGUGUGCAGCCAUCCGGGCCCAGUUCAGGCAGGCCGACAACGGGGGCCGGUCGCACAACCUGGCCAAGCUGCUCUACGUGCACAUGCUGGGCUACCCGGCUCACUUCGGUCAGAUGGAGUGCGUUCGGAUGAUCGCCAGCCCGCGCUACAGCGAGAAGCGCGUGGGAUACCUGGGAGCCAUGAUGCUGCUGGAUGAGAAGCAGGACGCCAGCUUGCUCAUCACGAACUCCAUCAAGAAUGACCUCUCUCACAGCAACCAGUUCGUGCAGUCUCUGGCUCUGUGCACGCUGGCCUGCAUGGGCUCGGCUGAGAUGUGCAGGGAUCUGGCGCCAGAGAUCGACCGGCUGCUCCGAGCAUCCAACUCCUACAUAAAGAAGAAGGCGGCUCUCUGUGCUGUUCACAUCGUGAGAAAAGUCCACGAGCUGGGGGAGCUCUUCGUGCCCGCGGCUCGCUCCCUCCUCUCCGAGAAGAACCACGGCGUGCUGCACGGCGCCGUGGUGCUCAUCAUCGAGCUGUGUGAGCAGAAUCCAGAGACACUGGAGCACUUCAGGAAGACCGUGCCAGACCUGGUUCAGAUCAUGAAGGGUCUCGUCCUUUCGGGUUAUUCUCCGGAACACGACGUGGCAGGAAUCAGCGACCCCUUCCUGCAGGUGCGCAUCUUGAGGCUGCUGAGAAUCCUGGGCCGCAAAAACGAAGGAGCCAGCGACGCCAUGAACGACCUGCUGGCUCAGGUGGCGACCAACACGGACAGCACGAAGACCGUGGGCAACGCCGUGCUGUACGAGACCGUCCUCACCGUGCUGGACAUCAAGUCGGAGAGCGGCCUCAGGGUUCUGGCCGUGAACAUCCUGGGAAGAUUUCUCCUGAACAACGACAGGAACAUUCGGUACAUCGCCAUGACGUCUCUUCAAAAGAUCGUCGGGACGGACCACAAUGCAGUGCAGCGCCACCGGGGAACCAUCGUGGACUGCCUGAAGGACCAGGACGCGUCCGUCAAGCGCCGCGCGUUGGAGCUCUCCCUGGCGCUGGUGUCGGCCUCCAACGUCCGCUCAAUGAUGAAGGAGCUGCUCCUCUUCCUCUCCUCCUGCCCCGCUGAGCUCCGGGCGCACGCCACCAGCGGCAUCUUCAACGCCGCAGAGAGGUAUGCUCCCUCCCAGCGCUGGCACAUUGACACCAUGCUGCAUGUCCUCAUCACGGCAGGGGGCGACGUGCGAGAUGAGACGGUGCCCAACUUGAUCCAGCUCAUCACCAUCGCCUCAGAGCUGCACUGCUACACCGUCCACAAGCUCUACCGCGCGCUGAUCGCUGACAUCUCUCAGUUGUGUGAUCGUGUCACAUUAGUGUGUGUGUGUGUGUGUGUGCAGCAAUCGCUGGUGCAGGUGGCGUGCUGGUGCAUCGGGGAGUACGGAGACCUGCUGCUCCGAGGAGACUGUCAGGAGGCGGAGCCGGUCCAGGUCACCGAGGACGACGCCCUGGACGCCUUGGAAACGGUCCUGCAUUCGCACAUGUCGUCGCCGGCGACCAGAGGCUUCGCUCUCACCGCCACCAUGAAGCUGAGCACGCGCAUCACUGACAACGUGGAUCGCAUCAGGAGCAUCGUCAGCAUCUACGGCAGCUGCAUCGACGUGGAGCUCCAGCAGAGGGCGGUCGAAUACAAUGCCCUGUUCAAGAAAUACGACCACAUGAGGGCCGCCGUGCUGGAGAGGAUGCCCGUGAUCGAGAAGAACUCCCCGGGUCAUACCAACGGAGAGUCGACGGGGGAGGCCACCCAGGACGCCCCGAGAGCCAAACUCAAGCAGGGGGAGCUGCUGCUGCCGCCUCAGCAGCCCGCCAACCAGGUGUGUAACCUCUUGGACCUGCUGGGAGACUCUGAGGAGACUCUGCAGCCCAGCCCGGCAUUCGGCGGCGCGGCGCCCGGCCCGUCAGUCAACACGACCAGCACCGCCGGAGGAGACCUCCUGGAUCUGCUGGGAGGGUUGGCGCUGACCCCGCUCGCACCAGCUCCCGUCGCUCCCCCGGUGCCGGUGUACGACAAAAGCGGCGUGACCUUGACCGUGAGCUGUGAGAAGCAGUCGGCCACGGGCCUCACGGUCACCCUGACGGCCUCCAACGCCACCGACGCCGACAUCAGCAGCUUCACGCUGCAGGCCGCCGUGCCCAAGAGUGUCCAGUUACACAUGAAGGCUCCCAGUGGGGACGCCCUUCCUGCACGAGGCUCAGCUAAGGUGACCCAGCUGGUGGUCCUGAACAACCCAAACAAGGUGAACCUGAAGAUGAGGGUCCGCGUAUCUUACACCCGCCUCGGGUCGGCCUUCCAGGACACGGUCCAGAUCGACUCGUUCCCCGGACUCGACGCUGCCGGCCAAUGACGGAGCGCCGCUCCCUCCACCGGGACAAUGACCGCGUGUCUGUGGAAGAGUCGGCCGGCGGCGCCGCUCACCGAUGAACGUUCCCCCCCCACCCCCCCCCCCACCCCUGGUUCGGUCCGCGUCCCUCCGGCUGAAGAACGCCGUUCUUCUGGAAUCCGAGUGUAAAUGUGACCGAUGGUGUGAAUAAAUAUGGAGUUUGGAAUUAGCCGAUAAUACGCUAACAUAUGAUUUGAUGAGUCUUCUGCCCGGAGAGCUUCGUCCCAUCCAGGUUGUUUCGUUACCAGGCGAUCGCACCACGAGGUCGACUGUCCUCCGAGUUUAUUUCCCUUUUGAAAUUUAUUUCCUUUAUCUAACAUUUGCCUUCACCACCUGCACGUCUUCGAAAGCAGCUAAUCACCAACGAGCCGUACGAUGACAACAGGCUCUAAUCCUGGACACUUGAUUUCCACUGCUUAGUUUUACCAGCUCAGAAUCCUCCAUUUCUCCUGUGCCUUUCAACCCCUCGUGAACUGAGGUUUUAUCCUCCUGACAAAACUAAUGCAAUUACAUUUGGGUUCAAGAGGCCAGGAAAUGGUUUUGAAUGCUCGCAAGGCAGUCUUUAAAAGUCAUUAAACACUUUUUUUUACUCAUCA